AUGCCUCUUCUUAUCGAAACACCGACCUUAGCCCGCACUGAUGGUUCUGCCCAGAUCCCCCUCUUGGAAAAGCCAAUCGGCGAGUGUUUCCGGAGAGUGGUAAGCGCAUCCCAUGACCGGAUGGCCAUACAUAGCGGCACCCGUCACAUCACGUACGGAGAGUUGCACGCGCAGAGCGAUGCCUUUGCUCUGGGACUGAUCGAGCUCGGCAUUCGGGCUGGGGAUCGGGUGGCCCUCAGUCUGGGCAAUGGGAUCGAGUACGCCGUGAUUGCCUACGCCUGCUUCAAAUUGGGGGCCAUUUUGACCCCCCUCAACCCUGGCUACCUGCCUGGGCAGGUUAUCCAUGCUUUGAACCACAUCACCGCGCGCUGCUUCAUCACCAGCACCGAGAUCAAGUUACCGCACAAAGACCCGCGUCUGACUAGCGAGCUCCUGCAGGAGAUCGCGACCAGUUCCGAUCCCGACACCCUCUCCAUCACUGUCCCUUCUCUGCAGCACCUGCUCAUCAUUGACAACUCCGCAGGUCGGGUCGAUGUCACCACACUCCCCGUCACCGCUGACUAUGAGGCCCUGAUCCUCGCGCACGGCAGCCAACGACUGCCACCGCAGGACCAACUGGGCGUCGAGGACUUGGCCAAUCUGCAGUUCACGUCCGGUACAACCUCCGCCCCGAAGGCCGUAUGCCUGACGCAUCGCAACAUUUUGAACAACGCCUACCUGGUGGGCCAAGGCAUGGAUCUGACUGCGGGAGAUGUCGUCUGCUGUCCCCCGCCGCUGCACCACUGCUUCGGCCUGGUGCUUGGCCUCCUGACUGCCAUGGUUCACCGGGCGACUCUCCUGCUGCCAUCCCCCAGCUUCGAUGCGUGCGCCACGCUCCAGAGCAUUGCUCAGCAUAAUGCCACCGUGUUGUACGGUGUCCCGACGAUGUUUCUCAUGGAACUCGACCUGAUGUCACAAAGAGUCUUCCAAAAGUCGGCCCUUCGACACCUCCGCACGGGCAUCAUUGGUGGCAGCCCCAUCGCCCCUAGCCUGCGCCUUCGACUCCACCAACACAUGAAUCUUUCCGGUUUAACCAACUGCUACGGCCUCACUGAAGCCUCGCCCAUUGUGUGCAUGACGAGGGUCCUGGACUGUCUCGACAAACGUCUCACGUCCGUGGGCCAGGUGCUGCCGCACACGGCGAUCCGCAUUGCUGACCGCAACACCCCCACGCGCACACUCCCCCGCGGUGACCACCAGCGCGGGGAACUGCAGAUCAGCGGCUACGCGGUGAUGGCCGGAUACUGGAAUGCGCCAGAGGAGACGGCACGGACCCUGUUGGUGGAUGAGGAGGAAGUUGAUCCGCAGACGCAGCAGAAACGAAUCUGGCUGCGCACGGGGGACGAGGCGACCAUGGGGGUGGACGGCACGAUCCGCAUCACCGGGCGCAUCAAGGACAUCAUCAUCCGCGGCGGAGAAAACAUCUACCCUGGCGAGAUUGAGGAUGCCUUGCUGACCCAUCCGCAGGUCGCCAAUGUCGGUGUCGUUGGGCUGGCGGAUGCCAUGUAUGGGGAGGUGCCAGCCGCGUUUGUAGUGUUGCGCGUUGAGACGCCGCCGGAAGAGUUGCGGGCGUGGGUGCGCCAGAAAUGUCCUGCGGCCAUGGUGCCAAAACAUGUGUUUGCAGUAGACCGGUUGCCUUUGACGGCGAGUGGGAAGUUAGAGAAGUAUAAAUUACGCGAGAUGGGAGAACGGUGGCUGCAGUAG